AUGUCCUGCUACGACCUGUGCCGUCCCUGUGGCCCAACCCCACUGGCCAACAGCUGCAACGAGCCCUGUGUCAGGCAGUGCCAGGACUCCCGCGUGGUCAUCCAGCCCUCUCCCGUGGUGGUCACCCUGCCCGGACCCAUCCUCAGCUCCUUCCCCCAGAACACCGCCGUUGGAUCCACCACCUCCGCUGCUGUUGGCAGCAUCCUGAGUGAGGAUGGAGUGCCCAUCAACUCUGGUGGCUUUAGCCUGUCUGGCAUCUCUGGGCUUGGUGGCCGCUACUGCGGCAGGAGGUGCCUGCCCUGGUAA